GCUCGCAGUUACUGCCUCUCCCACUUCCACAGAGCUCGACUUCCCUUCCUCUACCUCUUGAGCUCGGUCGGCAUGGGGAGCGAGAAGAAAGGGAAGACUCUUGAACUCGUGCGUUUUGUGUUAAUGGUGUUGUUCUUCCAGGAAUUCGUCACUCCAGCGACGAGUAGGAAGCCUGAGGGUGGCUUUGUUGACCGGAAGAACUACUACUCUCCUGACCCGAACACUACUCCGCCACCUUCACAUGCGACUGCUUGCCCGACCCCGUCCCGUGGUGGCGGUGGCAGCGGCCAUGGUGCACCGUCUCGCAGGCAGCCGACGCCAUCUCACGGUGGUGGAGGAUACUACGCUCCGCCUUCAGUCCCGGUCGUCACCACCCCUCCUAGUCCAACAUAUGGCCCCGUCACUCCUGCUCCUCUCGUCCCUCUCGGUCCGCCGACUCCGACAUACCCGGUGAUCCCUUCGCCCCCUGCGACGCCGCUGCUUCCCUUCGACCCCAACACCUUUCCCUUCACUUGCGAUUACUGGAGAACACAUUCAGCGGCGAUAUGGGGCUUGAUCGGCUACUGGGGCACCGUCGGCCAACUCUUCGGCCCACCCGCUGCUGCAGCUUUCGGGAGGAGCCUGAGCUUGCCAGAGGCACUGGCCAACACGCGCGCCGACGGGAUCGGAGCCCUUUACCGAGAAGGAACAGCGUCUUUACUCAACUCCCUGGCGAACAAGAGCUUCGUGUUCAGCACGCAGCAAGUGAGGGACGCGUUCAACGCGGCGGUCGUCUCCGACAAGGCUGCCGCAGCGCAAGCCCGGGUGUUCAAGAAGGCCAACGAGGGCCACCUAAAGCACUAACUAGGCAUUUAGAAGCAUCGUUCGUGUAUUGCUGCUUCCUUUCCUCUUUGGCAGCCGCAUGCUUUCGUAGUGUAGGUUGUGGUUGGAGUCCCACUGAGGACAUGCUUAUGUUGACGUAUGUGAUCUGAUGGUUUAUCUGAUGCUUGACUGUC